AUGGCUUCGGGACCUCCUCUCCAAUUUCUUACCUGGAUGCCGGGUCUAUACAUAUGGCUAUCCUUCCAAAAUAUGGUCUCAAUCGUCCGAGAGGAUUCAGGAGUAUGCGCUCAACCUUUUGGUUUCUCUAAGAGACACACGGGAAGAUUUGAAUGUCGUAAUUCACCUAAUUCACUCCUUCAACUCCGCAAACGACCUAUCAUAUUCGUGUGCCACAGUCUUGGUGGAAUUGUCUUCAAAAAGGCACUCGUUGCUGCUCACGAAAACGACGACUUGUAUGGUGACCUACUAAAGUCUAUCCGAGGCGUCGUGUUUUUAGCCACUCCACAUAGAGGAAGCGGUACAGCAAAACUAGCCAAUAUUUGCGGUUCAAUUGUCAAUAGCUUCGCGUCCGCUGGAUUAGGAUCGAAACCAGUGAGGACUGAUCUGCUUCAAACUUUGAUAUAUGACUCGGAUGCGCUCCAUGGCCUGACGCUGUCAGCACGCAACCGUUUAGGCAAUAUUCAUGUAGUUUCGUUCUAUGAAACUUUGCCUUUGCCAAUGGGCCCAUGGUCCUCCUCCUUGGUCGUCAGCCCUGCUUCUGCUGUGCUAGGCAUUCCUUUCGAAGAAGUAAUUCCCAUGCCAGAAGAUCACAGAACUAUUUGUCGUUUUCCUGGCGAAACAGAAAGCUACCCGAAAGUGGCAAGAACUCUUCGAAGGAUUGCCACCAAAUCCUCGAAUGCUGACCCAACACUCAAGCGCACCAGCACGCAUUCGUCUAAUAUUGUCCUCAGUAACCUGGAAAGAACGUGCAUGUCGCUUCUUAGUGACAAUGAUGUCGCGAAAGACGUUGAGCCACCCCCAAAGCCAGUCCUUGGUAUAUGUCAGUGGAUUCGCAGCCACGAUUUGUUCCUCUCUUGGCUUGAAGAAGGUACCAGUGCUCUCCUAUGGCUUACAGGUCAUCCAGGCUGCGGCAAGACCAUGCUAUCUUACUCAUUGGCCCAAUACUUCGACAAUGCUUGCAACAAGUCUCGGAAUGUCCUCAUCUAUCUGUGCCAGAACAAGAACAAACAGACAGAUGCGAGAGCGGUAAUCAUUGGACUUAUCCUCCAGAUCGUCGAUCGCCAUCGCUCGUUGGUUAGAUAUGUUCGUUCAGCGUUUGAAAAAGAAGGGUCAAGCAUCAUUCAGUCCUUCGCCUCGCCCUGGCGUAUUUUUCUCAGAAUUUCAAAGGACCCUAAAUCUGGACCCCUCUAUGUUAUCAUAGAUGCUCUCGAUGAGUGUGAGAGGGCAUCAUGUCAUCAGUUGCUCGUCUCGGUGUUCGAUAUGCUCACCGACUCUUCUCAGUCGAUGAAGAGUGGUAACAAGAUCAAAUUUCUUAUCACGAGCCGACCAUUUUUUCACCAAUCUUAUGCCAACAGCCAAAAUGUACUUCAAUCUCAAAUAUCAAUCGAUGAUGACCAGGCUGGCUACACUCAGGGCCUUCAGACUUUCAUCCAAAAGAAAAUCCAUGAAAUUUCUCUUAACAGACAAUUCUCAGAUGAGAUCAGGGACUUUCUUUGUGAAGCGAUAACGUCUAAAGCCGAUCGAACUUUCCUGUGGAUUCGCCUUGUUCUAGCAUCGAUCGAGAAGAAUCUACUUACUUCAAGAAGAGAACUCCAGACGAUUAUAGCCAUCAUUACUGGAGGCCUGGCCGAGACAUAUCAUCGCUAUCUCACUGCUAUACCCUCGAAUCAUCAACGGGACGCUUCAAAAUUACUGAAGUUACUUUUAGCAUGCUCCAGACUCCUCUUUCUUAACGAACUCAACAUCGCAUUUACUAUAGACCCUUCGUGCACUACGGCUGAGGAGAUCAUGCAAAACUCUCAUAAUUCAAUUGCACACACUGUUCAGGGUAUCCUAGGGUCUUUGGUAAGGGUCACAGGGCAACAAGUAUCCUUGGUCCACCAGUCGGUGAAAGACUAUCUCCAAGAUCGAGACAGCACUGGCAUCGACAGUCCCCCUGCAAUACGUAUGGUUAAUCCGCAAGGCUGCGCUCUACAGCUGGCUACUGUAUGCAUUCAGUACCUUCUUCUUGAUGAUUUCACGAUCGAUUUCUUUCCAACAAAUGACUCAUCUACUUCGGCCAUUGUAGAAGAAAGAGAUCUCUUUGGAGAGCUACCUCUGGGCGGUUUUGAAGGCGAUUUUUGGGACCAAGACGAUCACGACCUAGACUCCAAUACCUUGUUUCACGAUCUCGCUAUCCUGCAUUCUAAGAUCUGCAAUUCAUUGGCCUUGGACUAUCCUUUUUACAAAUAUGCAUCGUUGCAUUGGGCCGAACACUUCGUCAUAUGCGAGGAAGAUACGCCAGAAGAGCUUAAAGACUUUGCAAGAUCACUACUGAACCCUGACACAGUAAAUUGUCGUAACUGGUUAAGCUUCUAUCAUAUGAGAGCUUCAACACCACUGGAUGACGGCCUCACGGGCCAGAAUCCAAUCAUCCUAGCAUCACAGUUUAACUCAUGUACUGCCUUGAAUAGUCUCCUUCUUGAUCAUGAACCUUCUCAAGUCGUCAAAAAUCAGAGUCUCUACUGGGCAUCUCGACUUAGCCAUGAUCAUAUCGUUGCUACUCUUCUACAGUCAGGUGCUAAACCUGAUACGCGGCAGCUGGAUGGACAAACAGCACUCACAGUUGUAUCUGAGCAUGGUAAUCAAUCCUGCGUAACUGCUUUACUAGCAGACAGUCUAAUCAAUAUGAAUACCCUAGGCAGAAAUAGACAGACUGCACUCUCGUAUACUUGCGGAGGUAGACAUGAUGACAUCGUCAAAGAAUUACUAAACCAGAAAGUUUAUAAACCUGACGAACUGGACAAUAUAGGGGCAGUAGGAGGAGGCCAUCACUCAACCAUUUCCAACAUAACAAGGCUUCGCAGUAUCAACAUCAACCACCGGGAUAAGACAGGAAAUACAGCCGCUACUGAAGACGGCAUAGCCAACACCAUCAUACGACUACUGAAGCUUCCACGCAUCGACAUAAAUGCCAAAGACAACAAAGGGAGAUCGCCUCUCUCAUAG